UGGGCCGGACGUCAGCGGGUCGUCGGCUAUGGUCAGCCGGCCGAACAGGCUGGCCGGGUCUUGAAUAUCGACGGGUUGGAUUUUGGGGUUGAUUGGGACGGCGGUGGCACGUGGGCCGGCGAUGUUGUUGUGGUAGUAGAAGUGGAGGUGCGUUAGCUUCUCCGAUUUGGCUGAAGUUGCUGUGGGGAUAAUAAUUAUGAAGUUGGCUGAUGAGAAAAUUAGGAGCUGGAUAAUGGAGACAAGGAAGUGAUUAGCCAUAAUGGUGAUGCGUGGCGGGGUGAUACUUUUGGUAAUCUUUAUCGUCUUUUUGGUGUUUUUGGUUGGGAUUUCGGU